AUGCACUGACACUGCGCGCACAUCAGUAAAUGCAUCACGUAGCACUAGUACAGCCUUUCUUCAUGCCAGCCAGUGCUCCACCUAGAAGGCGAGAUCUGUCACCGCUCACUCAUUUGGCUGCAAAAGGAGCACUAAAGUGUGCGCACGUAUACGCGCGGGAGUGUGCGGCAAAGACGCGGGGAAAAGGGAGGAGGAGGAGGGAGCAAGGAAGGGAGGCAGCUUUCAACAGUUGAGGAGGAGACGCGACUCAUUCUGAUUAUCUUCAAUCAUCUCGCACCUUAUUUUCUCUCUCCUCUCUCUCUCGCUCUCCCUGCGACUCGUCAUCUCCGCCGUGCAACAGAUAAGAGUGGCCGCUGAUGGAUGCAAAGAGGAGCGCCUUCAAAUCGGACUGGAUUAUGGGAUUAGUGGACUGAUUAGUGGACCAAAAAAAAAAGUGGCCGCUGUGGAUGCUCCUCGCGAAGGAAGGGCAGGAACACACAAAAGGUUGCACCGGAGAGAGCGGGGCGAAGCGAGCCGCUGCAGCGCCGGCUCCAUGCACUUUGCUGGAGGAGGAGAGACGAGCAGCUCCGUAUGCAACAGUGUGCCGCACAGGAGACAAAAGUCACUAUGCGCUGUGAAUGGUAACACGGACCGAUGGUGCAUUUUGGAGCUUUGCAGGGUGUAGAUGUCGCAUGAGGGCAAUGCGCCUCUUUUUUUGCCCUUUUUUCCCUCUCUUCUUCCUAUUGAAAGACAAGCUCUUAACCUUCACCAUGCUUUAACCUUGGACGCAGAGGGGAAUAUUAAUACUUUAUUCUCAUCGAUUAUUCAUUGUGGGAGCCCCUCGGAGAGUGAAAACAAAGCAUUGCAAUGUUGAAUUUGAUCUUUAAUUCAUGCACGGGGUGUCGUCAGGCGGUCAUCUUUGUUUACAGAAAGAGUUCAUCAUUGCAGAGCGGCAUGUGAGAGAGCUAAUGCCUAUUAAAGGGGGUCUACAAAUCGAUUUGAUAUCCAAUUAGUCCUGCAGUCGCAUGCCUGCUUUGGAUUUAGUGCUCUAAAGGUUUUGCAGAAUAAUCAACAGGUUGAAAGUCAAGGUUCCCCCCCCCCUCUUUCCUGUGUGCCAGUACCACAUAUCCAACUGAAGGGAUGCGUCUCUCUGUUCCCAUCUUCUUUCUGCUGUGGGUUAAAGCCCUGACAGUGAAAAACCUUAGUUAUUCCGUCCCGGAGGAGCAAGGACCUGGCACUAUCAUAGGUAAUAUUGCAAAAGACGGCAGCUAUGGGACCCUGGAGAGAGGGAAAAAAUCCAACUUCAGAGUCCUGGAAAAUUCUGCACCACACCUGGUGGAUGUUGACCCGGAGAGUGGACUAAUUUUCACCAAACAAAGGAUUGAUCGAGAGACCUUAUGCAGGCGGAACCCAAAGUGCCAGCUCUCCAUGGAGGUGUUUGCCAAUGACAAGGAAAUAUGCAUGAUCAAGAUUGACAUACAGGACAUAAAUGACAACUCGCCCAGUUUCCCCUCAGAUCACAUUAACAUUGAUAUCUCGGAGAAUGCAGCCGCGGGCACACGCUUCCCACUGACUAUUGCACAUGACUUGGACACUGGGGAGAACGGGAUAAAGACUUAUCAAGUCACCAGAGAUGAUUACAAUACAUUUUCAUUGGAUUUAAAAGUAAGAGGUGACGGGACUAUUUAUCCCGAGCUUGUGGUUCAAAGACCUCUGGAUCGGGAGGACCAGAGCCAUCACACCCUCCUCCUCACUGCAAUUGAUGGAGGGGAGUAUCCCAGAUCAGGCUCCAUGCAAAUCAAUGUCAGGGUGACCGAUUCCAAUGACAAUAGCCCCAUUUUUGAGAAAUCCUCCUAUGUGCUGGAACUGUCUGAGAAUUCCUCGCCUGGAAAAGUACUCAUAGAUUUAAACGCCACUGACCAAGAUGAGGGAAGCAACGGGCAGGUGGUGUACUCCUUUACAGGAUAUGCGUCUGAGCGAAUACAAGAUUUGUUUGCCAUUGACCCCAACACUGGUGUCAUCAAGGUCCAGGGGGAAAUUGACUAUGAGCAGAAUCCUAUCAUCGAGUUUGAUGUGCAGGCAAAGGAUCUCGGGCCCAACCCCAUACCGGGCCACUGUAAAAUUACUGUCAAAGUGCUGGACAAAAAUGACAACUCACCAAUAAUUAGUUUUGUUUCCGUGCGGCAGGGUGCCAUCAGCGAGGCGGCGCCCUCUGAAUCUGUCAUCGCGCUGGUCAGAGUGACAGAUAAAGAUUCUGGCCGAAACGGUCAGCUCCAGUGCCGCGUGCUGGGAAAUGUUCCCUUCAGACUGCAGGAGAACAAUGACAAUUUUUACACGCUGCUCACUGACAGACCUUUGGAUCGAGAAACAAAGGAUGAAUACAAUGUCACCAUCGUGGCCAGAGACAAUGGCAUCCCCUCGUUGAACUACACCAAGUCGUUCACGGUGAAGAUCUUGGAUGAGAACGACAAUGCGCCUCGCUUCACAAAGGCCAUUUAUGUGCUACAGGUGCCCGAGAACAACAUCCCAGGGGAGUACUUGGGCUCCGUUCUGGCCCACGACCCAGAUGUAGGCCGCAACGGAACAGUAACAUAUUCCAUUCUGCCGUCGCACAUUGGUGACGUGUCUGUCUAUACAUACGUGUCUGUUAACCCCACCAAUGGAGCCAUAUACGCGUCACGCUCUUUUAACUACGAGCAGACUAAAUCUUUUGAGUUCAAAGUUCAGGCUAAAGAUGGAGGCUCCCCUCACAUGGAGAGCACCUCCACCGUCAGGGUCAACAUCCUUGAUGUUAACGACAAUCUCCCAGUGAUUAUUUUGCCUCUUCUGCUGAAUGAUACAGCAGAAAUCCCAGUGCCUCGAAAUGUUGGUAUAGGCUAUAUUGUGGCUACGGUGAAAGCGGUGGACCACGAUCACGGAGAAAGCGGACAUUUGACCUACGAGAUUACAGAGGGCAAUGACGACCACUUGUUUGAGAUUGAUCCGGUUGGAGGCGAGGUCCGAACCACUCACGCCCUAUGGGAGGACGUCUCGCCCAUGGUGGAGUUGGUGGUUAAGGUAACCGACCACGGCAAGCCCCCCUUAUCCGCCGUGGCUAAGCUGGUCAUUAAAGCCAACACAGAAACGGUGGCGGGUGGUGGGGGCUCCAGCGUGAGUGGCGAGCAGCAACACUGGGACGUAUCCCUGCCCCUCAUCAUUACCCUCUGCAUUAUCUCUGUCAUGCUCUUAGCAGUCAUGACCGCCAUCGCUGUCAAGUCCAAGCAUCAAGAUAAGGAGAGCGGGAAUUAUAACUGCCGCAUGCCUGAGUACUCCAAUCCUCCAACGGGGAAGGGCAAAAAAAAGCGAAUCAACAAGAGUGACAUCAUGCUGGUGCAGAGUGAGAUGGAGGAAAGAGAUUCGGCCAGUCGCAUGAACGUGGUGAGCAGCCCCUCGCUCAUCACCUCUCCCAUAUGCUUCGACUACCAGAGCCCCCUGCCGCUCACGCUGCCCAGGUCGGAGGUCAUGUACCUGAAAACUACUCCCAACAGCCUGACAGUACCCAGGGCUGGAUGCCACUCCAGCUUUGCUGGGCUGAGCACAGACACUCCUGCCAACAGGAUGUCGGUUAUACAGACGGAAAACUUCCCCUCCGAGCCCAAUUAUGCUGGCAGCAGGCAACCGUUUGUUCAAAGCUCCACAUUUAAGGAUGCAGAACGAGCGAGCCUGCGAGACAGUGGCCAUGGUGAUAGUGACCAAGCUGAUAGUGACCAGGAUACUAAUAGAGGCUCCCAGUGUGACACGUCUGCCAGGGAGGCCCUCAAGAUGAAAGCCACAUCAGUUAAUGGGCAGCCUUUUGAGCAGGAACAAGACAAAUCAGUCCACUGCACCGAUGAGUGUCGUGCACUGGGACACUCUGACAGAUGCUGGAUGCCAAAGUUACGGAUCGGAAGCCAAGCGGAUAGUGCCGAUAAUCGCACCAACCUUUUCAUCCCCGUGGGAAUGGAUGCCAUGGUAGAGACAGAGAUUUAUGGCACCAUCAGCCGCGGUAGCCGGAAAGCCCUCAGCACCUUCGGGAAAGAGCAGCGGGACAGCACCAUCCUAGUGGCCAACGUCAAACCGUACUUAAAAUCGCAGCGUGCAGCAUGCCCGCCCCUACAGGAGAGUCCACCCACCCCCGGAAGUCCCACUAAGAGAGGGACGGCCCUGGACUCUGGCGAGCGAGAGGUCAAAGAGGAGAGGGAGGGGGGUUCAGACAGCAGUGCCUAUGGCCCGCCAGAUGGCCAGUGCUCCCCGCUGCACACUGAAUUGGAGGAGCCCUCCUACCUGACCUGCGAGCUCCGCCCUAAGGCGCUGUCCAGCAGCCUCAUUCACAGCUCAGUCAUCAGCCAGGAGUGCGGCGUGUCCGAGUACGAGACGCCAGACUCGGGGAUCUGACAUGGGUGACCCCGUUCCAACCCCCACACGCUCUUGGCCGACAAGCAUGUGAUUGGGGUGGAUUGUUUUUCUUUUGUUGUUGUUUGUUUUUUUGGGGUCCAAACAUUGUAUAACCAAAAAUCAUCUGCUUUGCGUGUUUCUUCGUUUCUUACUCAGUGACUUGAAGGGAUGGGCAUUUUUUGACAACGACGGGGAAUAUCAAGGUUGAUCAAUUGAUUUUGUUUUAAUAUUAGCAUCUCUUGCUGAAUGUUCUGAACUCCUGUUUCCAUGUCUGUGUUGUAUUAAGCUGAAUAACUUGUGCCUGUAUGUCAACUUCCCAAUCAUCCUUUUCACGUGGUAUCGUGAGCGGGCCUGUGAGAUGCAAAUUUUUUGCAACGUUCCGAAUUUCCAAUCCAAUCUACUUGUAUAGCACAUUUAAGCAACAAAUGUUUCCAAAGUGCUGCACAGAGUUACACAACUAAAAUACUAAAAAAACAAAAAAAAAACAACAAAAAAAACAUCAAACGCCAUCAAAACAUUUAACAAUCAAAACAAAUAAAUACACACUCAAAUAAUAAAAACAGAUGAAAAAUGAUGAAUUGUAUAGCAAUCACAAAGGGAGAAAACAAGAUGAAAAUAAAUAAUAUAAAAAUACUGUAUCAACCCUUGGUAUGAGACUGGUAUGAGUAUUUUUUUCCCUACAAAAUUCUGACAAAGACAGGUUGUCUUAUAUUUGGGGUAAAGAUUUAAACCCACAGGUGCCACCGCUUGACUUCUCCCCAAGGGAGUCAGAGCUUUUCUUCCUGACACUCACACACACCAAAAAGAACAUUCAUUUUCUUUUUGAUGUCUUAAAAGAUAUUUUUCAAAAAAUAGGUUUUCACAAAGAGGAGUCCUCUCAUAGUCCGGGUCAUCUUAUAUUCGGGCCAAUAUGGUAAAAAUGGAUGGCGAAGAAAGGAAAAGGCAGGAUCGCACCACUCUCAUGCCGGGUUUAUGUUGAAAAUUGACAUAACAAUAUAAUCUAUAUUUUAUGAAACAGCCGGAAACUCAAAAAUAUAAAUUAUGAAAAAAAUGUAACAUUUCAAAUGUCCGAACUUUGAGAAAUGUCAAGCAGCGUGUUACAAUAAUGGAUAUUUUGCAUAUACCGCACGUCGCUUUGUUUUCUUUAGGUGGCAGACCCGUUGAGAAUGAAUCAACUGCUUCUCUGCUGGUUGCAGUCAAGUAGUGCACUCCACAUGAUCAACAAUCAAUUUCAAACCAUCCAUGACUUCUUAAUGAUCAAAUGAGUGAUUAGCUGAUCAUUAUGCCCAUCCCUAGUGACUUGUUGUGUUUAGGUGAACUUUGUGUCCUUGCUGUGAAGGUUUGCGGGCUAAUCAAGUGCGUUCCUGACUUUCAAGUGUUUCCAUAGUGUACUGUAUUUGUCAGUUUAGAUGUCCGUAUUUUACACAUCUCGAGGUCCCAUCUUGUGUGGCUGUUGGAACAAAACCGCUACUGUUAAGCUAUUGAGUCCUGUCUGCUUUUGUACGGUGUAGCUAUCUGUCUCCAUUUAGUGUUUAAGGAGCAUCACUUUGAAGAAUCAAAAGGCCAACGACAUAUCACAUAUCAGUGGCGUUAAAUACAAAAAAAGUGAAGUGUCUUAUGAACUGUCAAUGGUGGUGCAACAGGGGACGUCCCUUUUCAUAACAACCAUUCAAGGUUCCUAUGAAAUGAUUUUUUUAAGAAUGUAUUUGUAAUUUUAUUGUCGUCCUCUCUGCUGUUUAUGUGGAAAAUAAGCUGGGCUUACACGUGAAUGUGGGCUACUGUACUGUACUUGUGUAUUUUAUUAAAUUUGUAUACACUG